AUGACCCAAGCUCGCACCAAGAAGGACGAAACCGCCGCCGCUGCUGCCCCCGUCGCCGAUGCUCCCGUCAAGGCCGCCCCCGUCAAGAAGGCCAAGACCUCCACCCCCAAGAAGGAGUCUGAGCACCCUCCCUACAAGGAGAUGAUCAUUGCUGCCCUUGUCCACCUCAAGGAGCGCAACGGCUCCUCCCGCCAGGCCUUGAAGAAGUACAUCAGCGGCAACUACAAGGUCGGUGACAACUCUGACCAGCACUUCAACGCUGCCAUCAAGCGCGGUGUCGAAGCCGGUGACUUCACCCAGCCCAAGGGCCAGUCCGGACCCGUCAAGCUCGCCAAGAAGGAGCCCAAGAAGAAGGAGAUCAAGGAGAAGAAGGAGGUCAAGGAGAAGAAGCCCAAGAAGGCCGUUGCCCCCAAGAAGGCUGUCGCUAAGAAGACCGCCACCAAGAAGGAUGGUGCCAAGGCCACGCCUAAGAAGGCUACCGCUGUCAAGAAGGCUACCAAGAAGGCCGAGGCCAAGAAGCCCGCUGCCAAGAAGGCUGCUGCUCCUAAGAAGGCCGCUGCUUCCAAAGAGAAGAAGACUAAGGCUGUUGCCCCUAAGGCUGCUGCCCCUAAGGCUCCCAAGGCCAAGGCCCCCAAGGCUCCCAAGGCUUAA